UCGGGGUGCGGCGGGUGCGGCGGCCUGCGGCGGCGGGUGUGCGGCGCGGCGAUGUCCAGGUCGGCGUGGGCCGUCGGGCUGGUUGCCGCCGCCGUGGUCGCCGUGGCCGCAGCCGCGGAGGGUGGGGGCUUCUGCUGUCUCGCCGCGCCGGACGCGGACAACAUGUGCGCGACCUGCCCCAAGUUCGCGAAGGCGCCGGCGAAUUCUCCGUGUGCCGCGGACGCGUCCUCGUGCGUGGCCGACAGCUGCGGGGGGCAGUCGGCGUGGUGCGAG